CUUUCAUUGAUAUAUCACGUUCAGCAUACAGCAAGAGAUUUAUUUAGAGUUCCAAUAUAGUUUGCAGAACAAAGAAGAAAUGGCCUUGGCUAUGGUGGGAGAGCCACUUAUCUCUGCUUCUGUGGUGAUCUUGUUAGAGAGAAUAACUUCUACAGAGUUUCGAGAUUUCUUUGCCAGCAGGAGCCUCAAUGUUUCUCUGUUGGAUGAGUUGAAGAUAAAGCUUGGGGCACUUAAUGCUGUGCUCAAUGAUGCUGAGGAGAAGCAGAUCACUGAUGAUGCUGUGAAGACAUGGCUUGAUGACUUGAAAGAUGCUGUCUUGGAUGCAGAAGAUGUGUUGGAUGAAAUCAACACUGAAUAUUUGAGAUACAAGGUGGAGGGAGAAUCUAAAAGCUUUACCCAGGUGAGAUCGUUAUUUUCUUCUCCCUUUAAUACCCUGAAUGCCAAGCUUGAAGCAAUAUCUGGAAGGCUAGAACAUUUUGUGAAACAGAAAGAUAUUCUUGGUUUGCAAAGUGUUUAUAGGAGAGUCUCUUACAGCAUAAGUACAGAUUCGUUGGUUGAACCUGUUGUGGUUGCUAGAGAGGAUGACAAAGCCAAGUUACUGAACAUGCUUCUUUCUGAUGUUGAUGCCAAUUCUAAUAAUAUAGAAGUGAUCACAAUCCUAGGCAUGGGAGGUCGGGGCAAAACAACCCUUGCUCAAUACCUUUAUAAUGAUAGUGAAGUGCAGAAACAUUUUGACUUGAAAGCUUGGGUGAGGGUAUCGGACGUUCAUGAUGUUUUCAAGGUAACAAAACAAAUUGCUGAGUCUGUCUUGUCCAAAGAUUGUACUGGUACCAAUCCAGAUGUUCUUCGUGUUGAAUUAAAAAAUAGCUUGAAAUAUAAAAAAAUUUUGCUUGUGCUUGAUGACCUCUGUAAUGACGAGUAUAAUGACUGGAAUCAAUUGAUAGCUGCUUUUACUAGUGGAAAAAGGGGAAGUAGGAUCAUUGUGACAACCCGACAACAAGAAGUUGCAAAGUUUACCCACACAUUUCCCACUUAUGAGCUGAAAUCCCUGACAGGAAAAUUGUUGGAGGAUACUGGCAAUUUAUGCAUUUAGAAAUGAAGGUUAUGACAAAUAUCCAAGUCUAGAAAAAUUUGGUCGGCAAAUUGCAAGAAAAUGUGAUGGCCUACCAUUAGCUGCUAAAACAUUGGGAGGUCUUUUGCGAUCAGAUGUUGAUGAAAAGGAAUGGAAAAGAGUUCUAAACAGCAAGUUGUGGGCACACAAUGAUGUUUUACCAGCUUUGCGCAUAAGUUAUCUUCAUCUUCCAGCACAUUUGAAAAGAUGUUUUGCCUAUUGCUCAAUCUUUCCAAAACAACAUUUGUUGGACAGGGAAGACUUGAUUUUGUUAUGGAUGGCUGCAGGCCUUCUACAACAAUCGUCAGAGAAAGAACUGGAAUUAGUUGGUUCUGACUGCUUUAAUGAAUUAUUAUCCAGAUCCUUAAUUCAGAAAGACGAAGCUGUUGCAGAGGACAAGUUCCGAAUGCAUGACCUCAUCUAUGAUUUAGCUAGACUUGUAUCAGGUAAAAGAUCUCACUACCUGGAUUGCAGUGAAAUUCCAAAAAAUGUGCGCCAUCUAUCUUUCUCUAGAGACCAUUAUGACGUUUCUAAAAAACUUGAGAGCUUAUAUGAGCUGAAAUGUUUGCGGACCUUUCUACCAUUUGAUAAAUGGAACUGUCACAUAACCAGAAAGGUGCCCCAAGAUUUGUUGCCAAAACUACAAUGCCCACGAGUGCUAUCAUUGUCAAAAUAUAAUAAUAUCACUGAGCUGCCUGAUUCAAUCGGCAUCUUGGUACUUCUGCGGUAUCUUGACCUUUCCUAUACUUCCAUCAAAAGGUUGCCCGAUGCAACCUUCAAGCUUUACAAUUUGCAUACUUUGAAAUUGUCAAAUUGUGAAUCUCUUGUGGAGCUACCAGCACAGAUAGAAAAUUUGGUCAACUUAUGCCACCUUGAUAUUAUUGACACAAAUUUGAAGGCGAUGCCAACAGAGAUAUGCCGACUACAAGAUCUCCGUACAUUGACUUCCUUCAUUGUAGGCAAAGAAGAUGGAUUAAGGAUCAGUGAAUUAAGAAAAUUUCCCUAUCUGCAGGGUAAGCUUUCCAUUUUGAAGCUCCACAAUGUUUUUGAUCCUAACGAUGCAUUUCAAGCCAACUUAAAGAAAAAAGAGCUGAUUGAGGAACUUAAGCUUGAGUGGGAGUGGGGCAGAGACCCACAAGAUUCACAAAUUGAGAAAGAUGUACUUGACAACUUGCAACCAUCAACAAUGUUAAAGAAACUGAGCAUGAGAUACUACUGUUACAAGUUUCCCAAAUUGGCUGGGUGAUUCUUCAUACUGUAAUGUUCAAGUCCUGUGUAUCAGUGACUGCAACUAUUGCGUGUCACUUCCGCCAUUUGGACAAUUACCUUCUCUUAAAGAGCUUGUCAUUAUAAGGAUGAAAAUGGUGAAGACAAUUGGUCAAGAGUUCUAUUGCAGCAAUGCAAGUUCCCAAUCCUUUCAGCCAUUUCCAAUGUUGGAAACUCUCCAGUUUGAGCAGAUGUCAAAGUGGGAGGAGUGGCUACCAUUUGAAGGUAAAGGUAGCAAUUUUCCUUUUCCUUGUCUGAAGCGUUUGUGUUUAUUCAAGUGCCCCAUGUUGGGAGGAAACUUGCCCAACCGUCUACCUUCAUUGAAAGAGGUUCGUAUUUUAGAGUGCAACCAACUGGAGGCAAAAUCAUGCGAUCUGCAGUGGAAUACAUCAAUUGAAGAAAUGAGUGUUAGAAAAGGGGGAGAGGGGUGGUUGUC